CAGGUGGGGGGUGGGGCAGGACACCAAUAAUGUUAAACACCCACCAACAGUUGAUCAAGACCACGUCCCGGAGACCCAGGCAGGACACGCAGCUGCAGGCCCCAGGGACCACCACGGGGCUGCUCGAGCUUCUGUCCAGCAUCCCCCAGGCUGAGCAGGGGGGUGUCAGGCGCGGAGGUGGCGUCCUUCCUGGCCAGCAGCAGAGGGCCCAGAGCGCGGGGCAGAUAGCAAAGAAGGACCGGAAGCCCAGGGGCCAGAACAAGAAAGACUGCGACUCUGCAGAGGCCGAGGAUCUCUCCUCCGCUUCCUCUCGGAGACCCUCCUUCCCCUUCCAGUGGGCCUGGGAGAGCUUCACAGCAGAAAGCCAGUCUCCGCUUCAGUCCUCCUUGGCCUCCCACCACCAAGGCCUGCCCUUGCCCCCAGCAGCUCCCCAGCGCAAGCCCUGGGGCAAGUCCACGGCCCACCUCCCGGACACCUCCGGCCUCUGCUGGAAGACAGACCUGCCGAGCCAGGAGAGGAGACAGCAGCUCAGGGCCUGGGGCUAUGACUCUGCACUGGGCGGCAGAGCAGAGGGCCACGGACUGGAGCCCCACCAUGAGGCGGACCUGCAGCUCUCCAGGAAGAGGCCAGGCUCAGGGCCCACGUCUGAGCAGGCCCAUGAACUGGAGGCUGAGAGGGGCCUGAGUCCUGGAGACCAGCGCCAGCUCUCCAGGCUGGGGUUCACCUUGGAGGGGGACCGGGCUGCAGAGGUGACAGAGGAGGCCGAGAUAGUGGAGCACAAGGCGAGGAGGACUCAUCCUCAGAGAAAGGGGUGGAAUUCUGGCGAGGAGGCCUGGGGUGAGGGUGAACCCCAGUGUCCAGGGAGAGAUUCCAGCUCCAACAAUCCCCAAGGGCAGCAGAGGCAAAAGGCCAGGGCCCAGGAGCUGGAGGGGCCGUGGGGCCUGGAGCAGCUGCAGCGGCAGUUCCAGCAAGACUUGCACUGUGGCCACGAAAAGCGGACCUGGAAGGCUCUGUGGGCGGCUGUCCAGUCCCCCAGCCGGAGCGGGAAGGCCCCUGCCGUGGGAGAUGCUGAGACAUGCUGGAGCGCCAACUUGCCGAACCGCACCUUCUACAAGCGACAGGAGGCCACCAGCUGUUCAUCUACUAACCAAGUGGCUGUUAACAUAUAUUGCGUCUCCACUCAUGGGUCUUCAGGAUAUAAAGAUAAAAUGACUUGGCCCAACCCGAGCAGCUCAAGAAGCCUGCUGCAGGAGUGGGAGCGGCAGGAGCAGGAAGAACAGCUGCAGGCCGAGCUGCGGAGGGCCCGGGUGCAGCGGGUGCAGCAGCAGGUGGCCCGCUGCCUGGCAGCCUAUGAGCCCAGCGGAGGCCGGGGGCCCAGGGCCACCCAGCGCAAGGUGGAGGAGCUGAGGCGCCAGGAGCGGCAGCGCCUCACAGAAUACCAGGAGGAGCUGCGGGGCAUCCAGCACAGGGUGCAGGCCCGGCCCUACCUGUUCCAGCAGGCCAUGCAGACCAAUGCCCGGCUCACGGUCACGCGCCGCUUCUCCCAGGUGCUGUCGGCACUGGGACUGGAAGAGGAGCAGCUGCUGGCUGAGGCAGAAAAGGGGAACACGGAGGGUACCUCCAGGAAGCCCAGCUUGGGGCAAAGUGGAGAUUACAAAGUCCAAUUCAUAAUAAGGAAACUGAGGCCGGAGGAGAGAAAGUCAUUUGCCCACAGUCACAUAGCACAGGAGCCGGACUUGAACCUACCUCAUCAGUGGCAAUGGCCUUCCCUCCGCUACAAAUCCCUGGUCACUGGGGUGGGGAGUGGCAGAGCCCAGGCGCCUCUCUCUUCAUCUUUAAGGAGCCACAGCUCAAUGAGGGUGAGAAUGAACCCUCUCCUCAGAGAACCCCCCCCCAAGGAGAGAUCCCACUUGCAGGCAGCCUGACAGGCACUGCACCCCAAUCCUAGGCCAGGAGCCUGGCCCC